CAGUAUUUAAUCCAGCAGAGAACGUGUAAGAAACUACUAGAAUAAUAAAGACACAUAAAAUCAUGCAAAGGCGGAGCGGAUUAUUAGUAGCCAUUUGCCUAUGGAUUUCCGUGAAUGGAAACCUUGCCUUACUGGAGCAUGAGGGCGAGUCCAUCAACAAGUGCAUUAAGAGGUACGGUGGAAUAACUCCGGAGAUCGGCGAGCGUCUCGAACGCUUCAAGGAAUGGUCAGAAGGCUACGAGGAAAUUCCCUGCUUCACGCAGUGCUACUUAUCGGAGAUGUUCGAUUUCUAUAACAACCAGACGGGUUUCGACAAGGCCGGAGUAGUGCACGCCUUUGGAAGCCCAGUCUACGAAGCCUGCCGCAGCAAAUUGGAGCCAAAGUGGGGUUCCAGCCCCAGCAGCUGCCAACAUGCCUACGAGGGCUUCCACUGCAUCACCAACAUGGAGAGUCACCCGUUCACGUUGAUCGAUGGCAUGUCGAGCAUCUCCCCGGCGGCCAAGGAUGCGAUGAAGGACUGCCUGCAGGAUGUGCACCAGGACGAGUGGAGUAGCUUUGCGGAAUUCGCCCAAAAUCCCGUCAACGAACCGAUUCCAUGCUUCACUCGCUGCUUCGUGGACAAACUGCGCAUCUUCGACGAGAGGACGCGGCGCUGGCAACUGAAGGCCAUGAAGCAGGAGCUGGGCGUUCCGGCCAAUGGGGCUCGCAUUUUGGGCUGCCACCGCCAGAGUGGCAGGGAUCGAUGUGCCACUUACUACAAACAGUUCACCUGCUACGCCAUGGCCGUCUAAGGAAAAUGCCCUCUCCCAAAAGUGUUUAUCAAUUUCAAUCUACAAUUUUAGAAUUGUUUAAAUAAUUUUAAUUAAAUCGAUCAUUUUAAAAGAUUGUCCUAAACUUAUGGGUUCGAAUAAAAAUCCUAGGCGUGUUUAAA